AUGCGGAACUGGGUACGGAUCGACAAGCUCCCUCUCGAGGACUGGACAAAGAAUCGUGCCGCGCUAUGUCAGAUCUUUGAUUCCAUAUUCAUGGACGUGCCCAUGUCGCGGGUCAAGUUCAAUGUCAACACCGAAUACGCCUACCUGCAGAACUUCAAGGUCCUCCAGAACGUGUUUGCCCGCCAUGGUAUAGAGAAGCCUAUUCCCGUCCAGUCCCUCAGCAAAUGCCGCAUGCAAGAUAACCUGGAGUUCCUCCAGUGGGUUAAGAAAUACUGGGACCAGCACUACCCUGGUGGUGAUUACGAUGCUGUUAGCCGACGGAAGGCGUCCGGUGCUCCCGCUGGUUCCGCUUCAGCCUCAUCACGCGCACCCUCGGCGGGCUCUCGCCGUGGAGCUACACCGGUCACAUCUGCUGCUCGUCCCCGGGUUGCCACUGCCGGCCCCAACACCGCUGCCCUGACACAGGAGAUUGCCACUCAGAAGGAGGCCAUCGCUGGUCUUGAGAAGGAGCGGGACUUCUACUUUGCCAAGUUGCGCGAUAUUGAGCUGUUGCUGCAGACCGCUAUUGAGGCCGACCCAGAGCUGGAGAAGGAAGAGGAUACGCUGGUGAAGCACAUUCAGGGAAUUCUGUACUCGACUGAGGAUGGAUUCGAGAUCCCGGCUGAGGCGGAAGAGGGUGUGGCCGAUGAACUGGAGACGUUCUAA